AUCAAAAUUAAAAGCGUUUUUAAGGCUAGGUUUUUUUUCCUCUCCCGCAGGCACAGGCGCUCUCUUUCAUCGCCACGUUUAUGUGGAGAGGAGCAGCUCUUUUAGCUGCAUCGUUUCUCAGCGUUCGCUUCUCAGUUCUCGCGGGAGGGGUUUUAGCUCGAGAGUGAAGUUGGGGCAUGGAGAAAAUAAAUAAGAAGAAAGUUCUAGUGUUUUUGGAUGUCUCAAUCGAUGGAGAUCCUUUUGAGAGGAUGAUUUUUGAGCUCUUUACUGAUGUUGCUCCCAAGACUGCUGAAAACUUUCGUGCACUUUGUACUGGAGAAAAAGGUGUUAGCCUUAAAACUGGGAAACCGCUACAUUACAAAGGAACCUUUUUCCAUCGUAUCAUCAAAGGAUAUGUGGCACAGGGAGGGGACUUUCUUCGGCAAGAUGGUAACUAUGGAGAAAGUAUAUAUGGCGGAAAGUUUCCAGAUGAGUCUCCUAAACUGAAACAUGAUGGUGCUGGUUUGUUAUCUAUGGCAAUUGCUGAUCGUGAUGAACGUGGCUCUCUGUUCAAUAUCACCUUUAAGGCUGAUCAUCAUCUUGAUAGGAAAAAUAUUGUCUUUGGUAAACUUGUUGAUGGGCAUGAAGUGUUGAAAAAGAUUGAAAAUGCUGGAGAUGAUGAGGGGAAACCUGCUGUGACAGUGAAAAUAGUUAAUUCCGGAGAAGCACAUGAUGAUAAAAAGAAGGGGAAUAAGUUGAAAAUUGGGAAGGAUGCUGUAGAGGAAAAUAGUCACGAGAUGAAGCGCAAGGGGAAGCACAAGAAAUCUUCAAAGAAGAGGAGGAAGAGAAGAAGAAGAUAUUACACGUCCGAGUCAGACAGUUCAACAGACACUGAUACCGACACUUCUGAAUCUGAUACUGAUUCUGACUCGUAUGAUUCCUCAUUAAGUGACACUAGCUCUUCAAGUGAUGACAGGCGUAAGAAGAGGAAGAGAUCCAAGAGGGAUCGGCAUAGGCGUGGAAAAAGGAAGGAUAGAAGGCAUGAAAAACGCCGCAAGAGGCGGGAUAAAAAGUCAAAACGUAAAUCUAAAAGGAACAGUGUCUCAGAUAGUGAUACCGAAAGUAAAAGUGGAAGUAGCUCUGAAGAUGAUGCUGCAGUUGGUGGAAAGCUUAAAAAAACCUCUGAAGCAAAUCAUUCUCCCCUACUUGACAAGCAAGAAAACACACAAUUGAAUCAUAAGAAAGGGGAUGUGGCUGACGUGUCUGAAAGGGAAGAGGGCGAGUUUCCAAGGGAAAAUGGGAAUCAUCGAAAAAGUAAUGGUAUUGAAGCGGGAACAGAAUCUGACAGGAGUGCUGAUAGAGACCCUGAUGUGGUAGAUGUUCCAAGCAAAUCUAGGAGUCGAAGCUUAAGUCCUAAAAGAACCAUUAGUAAGAGUAUGAGCAUUAGUCCCAGGGGUGCUAACAGAAGUCCGGAUAUUGGUGCAAAACACAACAGGAGCAGAAGCCCCAGUGUUAGCAGAAGCCCACGACAGAUCUCUGGCAGAAGCAGGAGCAAUACUCCAGUUAGGAGUGGAAGCAGCAGGAGUCCGGUUAGGAGCAAGAGAGGAAAAAGUGUCAGCAUGAGCCCCCCUGCUAGAUCUCAUUCACGACGAAGUCGUAGUAGAAGUCCCAUGGUUUCUCCUCCCAGAAGAAGAGUUUCGCGGAGUCCGCCAAGAAUCUCCCCCAGGAGGUCCUCGUUUAGAUCAGCCAGUCGCAGUCCUGUGAGAUCUGCUCGACGCAGUUUAAGCAGGAGCUCGGGUAAACCUUCUCGAAGGAGCAUAAGCAGAAGCCCUGUCAGAUCUUCACGUAGAAGUGUUAGCAGAAGCUCUGGCAGGGCCCCUAGGAGAAGCCCUAGCCAAAGUCCAGUCAGGGCACCUAGAAGGAUUAAUCGGCCGAGCUACUCUGGGAGUCCUGUAAGUGCAGGCCGUAGGGCAAGGUCUCCUGUUUCUGAUCGUGGUAGGAGUUCAUCAAGAAGCCCUUCAGUUGAUGGAUCACCCAAACGCAUUAGAAGGGGAAGGGGCUUCAGUGACCGAUACUCUUAUGUCCGUCGUUAUAGAAGUCGCUCCCCCGAUCGUUCUCCUAUAAGGUCAUAUCGUUAUGGUGCUAGAAGCGACCGCGAUAGAUACCCAAGUUACAGAAGAUCCCCUAGACGUUACAGGAGCCCUCCUCGGGGAAGAACACCUCCAAGAUACAGAGGCAGGAGAAGCAGGAGCCGCAGUGCUAGUGUCUCCCGGAGUCCAAUCCGCUACCGUGGCCGUCGUUAUAGUCGCAGCCGGAGCCCCAUUCGCAGUCGUUCUCCUGUGGAGAGGCACCGUGGGUCACCACGUGCUGAAAGGCGAAGGUCACCUUCACGGAGCAGGAGUCGGAGCCAAUCUGGAUCGCAUUCGUCUCGUGAAUCACAAUCCCCAAAGCGUGCAGACAAAGGUAACUCAAGGUCAUCAUCUGGUACUCCCCCUCGGAAGACAGGCCUGGUUUCAUAUGGAGAUGGGUCACCUGAUUCUGGCCGGGAUUAAAAUUUAUGGCUGUGAUGGUUGUAGGGAUAGUGUUGUCGGAUCCGACUUGCUACUUUGUGAUUCAGAGUAUUUUGUACGAGUUUGUUGAGAUAAUGGAGUAUUCUUUGUGAUGUUUCGUCUCCUGUUAGGUGCAUGCGUGUUUUGUGUA